UAGUAAGAAACAAAUGGCAAUAGCCAGAAACCCUCGUCUACUUUUGAAAUACAGUUCUUCAAAAUGGACAAAAGGAAACCAGCUCCACUAAUCCCAGCUCCUACAAAAGUCCCUCACUCAAACCGGAGAUUCUCAUUCUCCAGUCUCUUCAUUUUCCCUCCACUCGCGCUUCCUCUCCUUCUCUCAACAGAUCCACGCAAGCCUCUGCUGCUCGUGCUUCGUCUCCCUCCAGCACUGCAGUGACGGCUUGAUGAUGUUCGCGCACUCUGAGACCACCACUCCCUGUGAUGUGAAGAUUUGAAUAUGAUACUCUAAUUGAGCUCUGGGUCGUUUCCACGAACAUUUAAUAGACGCGAAAGCAAGCAGCAAUGGUUGCAGAACCUUGGUUGCUGAAAAUGGGUAACCAGGUGAGUUCCAACCUCAAACACGCGCUCCUUCUUGAACCUUACAAGACAAGGAACCGGAGAAAACCAGAAGCCAAAGAGAAGGAGAUUGUUGGUAUUCUCUCAUUUGAGGUUGCCAACGUUAUGUCUAAGACGGUGCUGCUAUUCAAAUCCCUGUCCGAUUCCGAGAUCUCGAAGCUCAAAUCCGAAAUCUUUAACUCCCAGGGAGUUAAGAACUUGGUUUCUUCGGAUGAAAACUUCCUUCUCGAGCUUGCUUUGGCGGAGAAGCUCGACGACCUGAACAGGGUUGCUGGUGUUGUUUCUAGAUUGGGGAAGAAGUGCACUGAACCUGCUUUGCAAGGGUUCGAGCAUGUUUAUGGGGACAUAAUGAGUGGAGUAAUUGAUGUGAAGGAAUUGGGGUUUUUGGUGAAGGAUAUGGAGGGUAUGGUGAGGAAGAUGGAGAGGUAUGUGAGCGCCACCGUGAAUUUGUACAGUGAGUUGGAGGUGUUGAACGAGCUGGAGCAGGCAGUGAAGAAAUUCCAACAGAAUCAGCAUGAAGAGAGUCGCAAGGCGUUUGAGCAGAAAUUGAUUUGGCAGAAGCAGGAAGUGAGGCAUCUCAAGGAGAUUUCUAUUUGGUCUCAGACUUACGAUAAGGUUGUGGAGUUGUUGGCGAGGACGGUAUGUACUAUUUUUGCCAAGAUUUGUGCGGUAUUUGGGGAUUCUGCUUUGAGGACUCGCCAUCUCGAAGGGGGUUCCUCUCCAAUGAAGAAUGAUUAUGGACCUGUAUCGGGUGAAAUUGGUGAGUGCACACAGGUGCAAGUGGUUUCCGGGCCACUGAGACGAAUUCUUAGCAGAAGCAAUAGUGGUUGUCAAUUGGGUUCAAUUGAGAGACCGGCGGUGGUGAGAAAGGGGAAAAUUUUAAAGUCUCACGUUGGUUUACAAAGAGGAGAAACUGCAUUUUUUCAACAUGAAGAUUAUAAUUUUCCAUGUGGGACUAGUCCGGGGAGGCUAAUUAUGGAUUGCCUUAGUUUGAGUAGUUCGGUUUCAAGGUUUGAUGAUGCUGACAAUGUUGAUCGUGAGGGUAAGGACCGAAAUAGCCAAAUUUCGCGUUGCAGUGGUGUUACUAAUGGUGGUUUCAGAAGUGAGCAUCCUAAUCAUGCUGAUUGUUUUAGUCCAACCAAACUUGGGGUUUCUUUCAAUGCAUAUCCAAAGCAAGCAAAGAACAAUGUGCUAAGUAGCACAUGCUUUGGUCCAAAUAGUAGGUUGACAGUUUAUGCUCCGCCUUCUACCGUGGGGGGCUCUGCCCUAGCCUUGCAUUACGCAAAUGUUAUAAUUGUCAUAGAGAAGCUACUACGCUACCCUCACUUAGUAGGUGAGGAUGCUAGAGAUGAUUUGUAUCAGAUGUUACCGACUAGCUUAAGAAAGACUCUGAGGACUAAUCUCAAGGCCUAUUUCAAGAAUUUCGUGAUAUAUGAUGCUCCGCUUGCUCUUGAUUGGAAAGAGACGUUGGAUAAGAGAUUGUGGUGGCUUGCCCCAUUAGCACAUAACAUGAUCAGGUGGCAAAGUGAGCGUAAUUUUGAGCAGCAACAAAUUGUUAAGAGGACAAAUGUUCUUCUGCUUCAGACUUUGUAUUUUGCUGAUAGGGGGAAGACAGAAGCAGCUAUUUGUGAACUUCUUGUUGGUUUGAAUUAUAUAUGUCGCUAUGAACAGCAGCAAAAUGCACUGUUAGACUGUACAAGUAGUAUUGAUUUUGAUGAUUGUAUGGAAUGGCAGUCUCAAGACAGGGCUUCUUAUCUCAAUUAGUUAUAUUAUCAAAUUUGGAUGGCUGAAGCAGGCUGUAGAAACAGUUACCUGUCUCUUGAUAUACAUGAGAAGACAUUUAUGAUUCGGCAAAAUGUGAAUAAGCUUUGCUGAAUUGCUUUGUUGUUGGAUGCUGGAUUUGAUUAAUUUACUUCACUGUCAGGUAUGGAGAAUUUUUUGAGGUACAUAGUGAUGUUUAUUAAUGAAGAAGCAGCAUAUCUGUAGAAUGUAUACAUGCCUUUCUAUACAAUUUAUAGAAGUUUUAACUUCGAAGCA